UCACUGUCAGAACGUGUUCGCCAUGUUCUGUUUACAGUACCGCGGUCGCGUCCAUCAUCGUCGCUAGGUACGGCUGUUCGUUUCCUCGCUUCCACCAGCUCGGUAUUAUUAUUAUGUUCCGCACGAUCCACUGGUGAUGUCCGAAGGCGUGGCGCGUCCGCGUGUUCUCGAGAGCUGCAUCGCGUGACGAUUCUCGAUCUCGGAAUCUCGGCGGCCCGGAGACUGAACGAUACGCAACGAUGGCACCGUGUUACGCGACGAUCUACGCUCUGACGGUGGCCGUGCUCGGUGUCGGCGCUUUCCACGCGAAGGAUCCGUUGGCGCAUCACGGUAGAUGCGAGCCGAUCACCAUCAACCUGUGCAUGAACAUACCGUACAACGAGACCAUUAUGCCGAACCUGAUGAACCAUCAGAAGCAGGAGGACGCUGGCCAGGAGGUGCACCAGUUCGCGCCGUUGGUGAAAAUGAAGUGCAGCCCCGACCUUCGUUUCUUUCUGUGCACGGUGUACGCGCCCGUGUGCACCAUCAUCGACAGAGCGAUACCGCCGUGUCGGUCGUUGUGCGAGAGUGCUCGCGCCGGCUGCGAACGUCUGAUGAACAGCUUCGGCUUCGCCUGGCCGGACAAUCUCGAUUGUUCGAAAUUGCCGGAGAACGGCGGCCCCGAGUUGUGCGUGGGCCACAACGAGACCACGCCGCCGGAACCGUCGCCACCGGUGUACCCGCCGCCUCUGAUGCCCGUGCCCGAGUUUCAACCGUCGUGGACCGGCGGGCCGAAACCGUACGGCAGCGGGUUCAUGCUCGGCGCCAGGGACUUUGGUUUCGUUUGCCCGAUGCAGUUCAAGGUCCCGCACGAGCUCGGCUACUCGCUGAAGGUCGGCGACAAGGUCGAGCCCAACUGCGGCGCACCGUGCGACGGGAUGUUCUUCACCGAGAGGGAACGACGAUUUUCGAGGAUCUGGGUCGGCACUUGGGCCUCCGUUUGCGCAGCCUCGUGUUUCUUCACCUUUCUGACGUUCCUCAUCGACACGGACAGGUUCAGGUAUCCCGAAAGGCCAAUCAUAUUUUUGUCAGUAUGCUAUCUCAUGGUAGCAUUGGCAUACGUGAUUGGCUGGGCAGCUGGUAAUUCCAUUGCCUGUAGAGAGCCUUUCCCACCUCCUCUAGAUAUGAGAAUUCAAAUGGCAUCGACGAUAUCCCAAGGUACCAAGCAUGAACUAUGCACGGUACUAUUCAUGGUGCUUUAUUUUUUUGGAAUGGCGUCCAGUAUAUGGUGGGUCAUCCUAACGUUGACAUGGUUCCUAGCUGCUGGGUUAAAAUGGGGCCACGAAGCGAUAGAAGCUAAUUCCCAGUAUUUUCAUUUAGCGGCUUGGGCCGCCCCAGCGAUAAAAACGGUCACCAUUCUUGCAAUGGGAAAGGUCGAAGGAGACAUACUGUCUGGUGUUUGUUACGUGGGUCUUUGGAACGUUGAGGCGCUACGUGGAUUUGUUCUGGCACCGUUGUGCGUUUAUUUAAUUCUUGGAACUGUCUUCUUACUGGCUGGAUUUGUUUCUCUUUUCCGUAUACGUACCGUAAUGAAACACGACGGUACAAAGACUGACAAAUUAGAGAAACUAAUGAUACGCAUUGGCAUAUUCUCUGUAUUAUACAUAGUUCCUGCCUUGAUCGUCAUUGCUUGCUUGUUUUAUGAGCAAGCAUAUUUCGAUCAAUGGAUGUUGACUUGGAAUAUGGAGAUGUGUUCAAGGCCUGGACCGCAGUCUUUAUAUUCAAUGCCGUGCCCCGUUGGAGAGCGUACCCGCGAUGUUGGGAGACGGCCAGAAUUCGAAGUUUUCAUGAUAAAAUAUUUAAUGGCCAUGAUUGUUGGUAUAACAAGUAGCUUUUGGGUAUGGUCAAGUAAAACGCUGACUAGUUGGCGACAGUUUUUCAAUCACAUACAAGGACGUCGUACCGAGGCGUAUGUUUAAAGACUCGACUAAUUUUACGCAACAAAAGUGGAGAAGUUUUGCCUUUCUAAACUGCCAGAUCUGAUUAUUGAAUAUCACGCUCAAAUAAUACCUAAUCAAACUAAAGCGUAAAAAUAUACAUUUUAUUGUAUCUGACGAAAUUCCUCAAUUUAUAACGUCGUGUUACUAGAUUUGAUUUAUUGGGAAGACAUUUAAAUAGCGAGAUACGCAUUUUUAUAUUAUUUUUGUAUGUUAUCGGUGCAUCAGAAAGAAAUGACAAGAAUUAUACAAAUGUAGUACUGUGCCAAAAUAUUUUUUUAUCAAGAUUAUUGAAUGCUUUCUAUUGUAUUUCCACGAGAGUUCCGCAAGGACUGCGUAAAAUGUUAGACUUAACCAUCAACUAAUUUGCAAGUGUUAUUAGAUGAUCUUUGCAUAAUAUUUAAAGUGACAAAUUCUUCCUGUUUGCGUUAAUAGAAAUUGCAAUUAAUCGCAUCACAGCAACUCAUCGUUUAAGUUACAAAUGCUCAAACUGUCCGUAGAAAAUGUGUUCAAUGUUUAUAAGUGUACUUCUCUAACAUGCACAAGAAGCAAAGGUACUAUUUUUUGUAUCAUUGUAAUUUCAAACCUUCCAUCUUGGGUUUGAUCAAUAAAUUGAGAACAAUUACGCUUACUCUAAUCUCGCGAACAACUUUUGUAGUUUUACAAAAACAGUAUGAGAAAUAUUUUACAACGUUUAAUUAAGACUUGAAAAUUUAUUUAAAACUUGUUUACUCUUGACACUGAAAAAAUUUUGUUGAUUUUGUUACUGAAUUUUUCUUUUUUUAAUGCGUUCAAAAAUAGCUUGCCUUUGCAGAGAAUAAUUAAGGCAAGUGCAUCUUUGAAGAGGAUACAAAAUCUAAAAUAUAGGACAUGUACUAUUCUAGGUUAAUUGAAUUGUAUAUACCACUUAUAUACGUUAAUUUUACUAUGUACUAUAAUAUAUUUUUUAAAAAUUAUGUACAUAUAUACACGUUUGCCAAGCAAUUGGCAUUUUCGUAUGUUUCCUAUGCGUAAUCAAAUCUCUGACUCGAUAGCCACGAGUCAAGUCGAAAAUACUCAGUAAGGAUUUGCGGAUCAAACGCAAUCAUUGUUCCAAUAUAACUGAUCAAUUCGUCCAUUGAAACUGCCGAGCUUUUGUGUAUUGUCACGUCCCAGGGGGGAGGGGGGGGGGGGGGGAAAGGGGCUCUGCUAUUAAUAAUAAAUGCUAGGACUUACUACGGCGCUAUAAGAGAACGCGACGGUUUUGAGAUUGUAUCGGUAAAGUAAGGUUUUUCGUCUUGGAGUCGCCAGCCAGACUUCAUCAGGGCUGAUGGCGGCGACCCCUGGCCUCUAGGCUCUAGACUGAGCAUGAAAAUCCUAGGACCGCGGUCCGCACACAGCAUGCUUAACUUGGUGAUCGCUAUCGAUCCUGUAUUCACUUGAUUUUAUAUUACCCGAAUUUGUAUAUUAAGGACGAACGCUGCGGUGACUCGACAUCAGGUGAGGUUAAUACCCAUCCUGAUUGUCGACCAAAAGAGAGAGAAUGAUUGAAAUUGAAACUUGAAGUGAUAUAAAGGAACUUGAACGUGCGCGAAGACCCGUAGUGACGUAGGCACUCAAACGUCAGUAUGUCAUGUAUUUUACGGCGAUUAAUGAAAAAAACAAAGAAAAACCUAUUAAUAAAGAUACUGUAUAAUUACAACAGCCGUACUUAUGGUAGACGCGUAAAAGAUAUCGUACAUAAAAUAUAUGACGUUGUGUAAAGUAAUUGCAACUAUUAUAUUCUUUAUAUAAUAAACCUGAAUAUAUACAUAAAAACAAA